CUUUGCCAUGAAGGUCGCGGGCACCUGGGCGCUGCUGGCGCUGGCGGCUCUGUGCUUGGCUCUUUCCACAGCAGAUGCUGCCCCACAGAAUGAGGUGGACUGCAGCGAGUACCGGAGGCUGGAGAGGGGGAGGCCCAUCUACUGCGAGAGGCUCUACCAGCCCUUCUGCGGCUCCGACGGCAAAACCUACAACAACAAAUGCUCCUUCUGCAAGGCUGUGCUGCGGAGCAGAGGAGCCCUGCACAUGAAGCAGGCGGGGGCGUGCUGAGGGGGCUCUGCCGACGGCGCUGAGAACAGCCCCACGCUGCCCCAUUCCCUGGAUCUCCUCCAUCCUGCCCGUGCCAAACCCAGCCCAAGGAGAAUUUGCCAGCUCUGCUCCCUCACUGCUGCUGUUCUCUGCUCCAGAGUUGGGAUGGACACCUCUGUCCUUGCAGCAGAACCGCUCCUGUUGGUUUACACGAGCCCUUCGGCAGAUAUUUGUCUUCAUGGCUGAAGUUCAAAUCCUCUGACAAUGCCCCAAGUCUCUUCCCCUCGCUGAUCAAAUGUUUUCUUUCCUUUACCCAGAAACUUUGGCAGAUAUAUUUUUUUUCCCAAAGGGUUCAGCUUUCCCUGGCAGUGCUUUGACUCCCCCAGUUUUGUUGCUGAAUUUUAAAUGCUUCUCAUCCCUCUCUGUACAAUUCUGGUUCCUGUAUGUUGUCCAGCUACUCAGUGUCCUUGUUUAUUAAAAUAAACCUUCACUUUUUUUUUUUCUCCAUGGUGAAUUUUCUAGAGAAUUUAUUGCAUCCAUUACUAACAACUAUUUCCCAAAUUACAGAAAACUGUGGUGGAGCAGGGGCU